AUGGGUAUAGCCUCCCUAGGUAACUGGCUAUUCAAUUUCGCGCUUGGGCUCUACACACCUCCCGGUUUCCAGAACAUCAAGUACGGCAUGUUCAUCGUGUUCGGCGUCAUGUGUGUUCUGGCUGCUGUCCAGUUCUGCUUCAUCUAUCCAGAGACCUGUAACAAGUCUCUUGAGGAGAUUGAGGACAUGUUUGCACCCGGAGGACCCAAUGCUUGGCAUACUAGGCCUGGUGAAUCAAGACUGGACAGACUUGUUGAAGGGGCUAGGAACAGGAGAUAG